AUAGGGAUUAUGGUUGGAAUUUUGACAUAGCCUAAAAUUCCAAAAUCGAGUGCCCUAGAAUUUACUAGAAGUCUGUGCGAAAAACCAGUGUGUAUUAAUGCUCAAAGAUUAGGGAAUAUGGACCGCGAUGGAUGUGUUUUGGUGAAAAAAAAAAGUAUAUAUAUAUAUAUAUAUAUAUUUUUUUUUUAAUGACUUUUUUUUUUUAAAAAAUAGACCAUCCACAUUUUUAUCUCCAUAAUAUAAAAAUUUUAGCAAUAAAUUUAGUAUUUAUUAUUGCGCAUUAACUUAAUAGUUGAUGUGAUAUUUAAUAAAAUUAAAAAAGAAAAAAAAAACAUUGAGAGCAUGUAUUUCGAAUUGCUUUAAAAAAUGAAGUCCCUCGCUUUUUGUUUUUUUAGUAGUUAGAAGUUGGGAAGGAAUUCAGACAAGGCCCAUAAAGGUAAUUGGUCACUCUCUCACAGAAAGUCGUUUUUCCGGAAGUCCCUGAAAGCAGCAUCAGUCACGCGAUGUUUUCGUCUGCGAGAACAAACAUGGCGGAUGAUGGAGAGUCUUUAGAGUCUUGGCUAAAUAAAGCCACCAGCCCUUCCAACAGACAUGAAGACUGGGAGUAUAUUAUGGGAUUCUGUGAUCAAAUCAAUAAGGAGCUAGAAGGUCCACAAAUAUCCGUCAGGCUUCUGGCACACAAGAUUCAGUCCCCUCAAGAGUGGGAGGCGAUGCAAGCUUUAACGGUUCUUGAGGCUUGUUUAAAGAACUGCGGGCAAAGGUUUCACAAUGAAGUUGGGAAGUUUAAAUUUUUGAACGAGCUGAUUAAAUUAGUUUCACCCAAAUACCUUGGAGAGAGAACGUCAGAAAAAGUGAAGACCAGAGUGGUAGAGAUGCUGUACUCCUGGACGAUUUCUCUGCCAGAAGAGGUGAAGAUCCGUGAGGCGUAUCAGAUGCUGAAGUUACAGGGAAUUGUUCUAGUCGAUCCAGAAAUCUCAGCUGAUCCCACGUUGAAACCACCAUCGUCUCCCCGGUGCAAGAAUCCUGUUUUUGAUGACGAGAAAAAGAGCCUGCGAUUAGCAGAACUCCUAAAGAGCAAAAAGCCAGAAGAUCUCCAGGAGGCGAACCGUCUCAUUAAGAACAUGGUCAAGGAGGAUGAAGUACGAACCCAGAAAGCAGCACAGCAGAGGAACACGUUGGAAGCUGUGAACAACAGCGUCAAACUCCUUAAUGAGAUGCUGGCUCACUUCAACCUGGAAGAGUCCACUGAUGAAGAUAAGGAGCUCAUUAAGGAGUUGUACAGUGAUUGUGACAAACUUCAGAAGAAGGUAUUUCAGCUCGCUACUGAGAGUGAAGAUAAUGACAGCCACUUGGGAGACAUUCUGCAGGCCAGCGAUGACCUCUCCCAUGUCAUGAAUUCAUAUAAGGCGAUUGUGGAAGGACACAAGAUUAAUGGGGACUCUGACGGGGUACAGGGCAAGCAAGCAUCUGUCAGACCAGAGAGUGGAAGCACCAAUCAGUCCGAGGUUCUGAUCGAUCUGGGGGACUUUGACACAGACAAACCCUCUCCCUCUAAGCUGGAGUCUUCAUCUUCAACUUUUCUGGCCGACCUCCUCAGUGGAUCGAUAACUGCUAAUUCCUGUAGCCUCAGUGCACCUCCAUCAUGGCUGGAUGAAGAGCUGCUUUCUUUAGAACCCAGUGAACCGGACCUUGUACUGAGAGACUCGGCUCACAGAAACCAGAGCAGACAUUUGCCUUCUUCACAGACUCUGGGUCCAGAUUUGGGUCUUUUUGACAUGGGUUUGUCUCCAGCUGCAACACUAUCGCUCUUCCCAGCUGACAUCUCUACAUCCACUUCUGGAUGUAGUGUCACCAAAGCCACAGCUGCCUCUUCCACAAGCAUUCCCAGCCUCAUUUUUCCCACCCCUCCGGCUUUCCCAUCAUCUGAUUUAACAGCCUUAGCACUCCAAGAACCUCUAUGUUCGGCUCCGAGCGCCGCAGAAGCAGCCGCUGCCCCUCCGGCCGCCCCAUCACAGCUCUCUGCUUUAUCUGGAGGUCUCCACCUGACAGCUCCUCCUCUCUACUCCACUUUACAAGACCUCCCCAUGCUGGAUCUGGCUCCCUCUGAAAAUCAAGGUGGCCCCAUGCUUUCAUCAGCCUUGUCCAUCACAGCAGCAGUGCAAAGAUGCUCCGCUCCUUUGAGCACAGAGAUUGCAGCAGAUGACAGCCCUCCGUUACGCUCCCUGUCUCCGGUUCUCCCCGUGAACGCCGUUUCUGCAGCCGCGGGAGAAGAGGCGUCCCUGGCCAGUUUGUUCAUUCCUCUGGAGGCCAUCAAGCCGAGUCAAGUCUCCCCAGUGACCGUGUUUGACAAAAACGGGGUUUGUGUUUUGCUGCACUUUGCCACCAACUGUCCCCCGGGCCGGCCGGACGUGCUGGUCAUGGUGGCCUCCAUGCUGAACACGUCUCCACAACCUGUCAGAAACAUUCUUCUUCAGGCGGCGGUGCCCAAGAUGAUGAAAGUAAAGCUGCAGUCGCCUUCUGGAACUGAGCUGGCUCCUUUCAGUCCAAUUCUGCCUCCCCCUGCCGUCACUCAGGUCAUUCUGCUCGCCAAUCCUCUGAAGGAAAAGACCCGGAUGAGAUACAAACUGACUUUCACGCUGGGAGAGCAGACGCUCACUGAAGUGGGGGAGGUGAAUGAGUUUCCACCCGCUGAUAGAUGGGGUGCUCUAUAGUGCAGCUCGCCGCCUCUUUCAGACUCUUGUCGCAGUGUCGUUUGUCGCUGCUCAGGAAAGGUCAGAACUUUGGUGAACUUUAUAGAGCUUGAGAUGAAGGAACACAAUGCACAUUCAGCUUUAACAAGUGAGACAGACAGAAGGUUAUUAUUUAAACUUGCUGAACAUAGAUAUUUAUAAGAUCUAGUAUUGCUGAACUUGUACUAAUAUAGUUUCUUCCCAUUUUUGUUUUAUCUGCUAUCACCAGUAAGGCAGAAACUCAAAAGUAGGGAGCUUUUAUAUCAAUACUUAAUUCCAAACAGAUAUUAGCAUUUUUUUAUUAUUAUUAUUAAAGCUCUGCUGCCUGAGGAAGAUGCUCAUACAUUCACUGACUUCUCUUAUACAAUAUACAUCACACUGUUACUUAAAAAUUAGGUUUUUAUUGUUUCCACGAUGGCUUGAAUAUAUUAUUUUUGAUUUUUAUGAGUGUUAAAUGCUGUUUUAACUUAUAAACUUGUCUUACAGAGGAUCCUGUCUUGUAUUGUAUAACGGGGAAUCCGUUUCAUAGGGUAACUAGAUUUUUCGCUUAAGUAUAAAAUGAGGAACAGUUUUCAGGAUAAAAAUCCCUGAUUCAGAUAUAUCAUCAGCAAUGUAUUCUGGGUCAAAAGGAAGAUGGAGAAAUACCAUUUGGAAUUGGGAAGAAUGUUUAAAAAUCUGCCAAAAAAACGUUUUUUUUGUUUGAAAGGCUGCAAAAAGUUAUUAUUUACUGCUUUUUUUAACCAACAACCAAAGCAGGAAAGAGCUGACAACACUGUGACUCCAGAGGCUCUUGAUCUAAAUGCUACAUAAUCAUUACCGUUUUCAUCUGUGUGUCGUUUAUAUCUUCAGCGUUUUAUUAUGAGUUGAAUGAGUCGUGUGGGUUUUCAUGAAGAUGUUACCGGGUGUUCCGACAUGAAGCAAAGUUACAUUUGUUACUAAACAACACGUUGCUGGCAAAACUUGACAGUUUUUUUUAAUUAUUAGAAUCCUGACUGUAUUUGGGGAGUGUUUUAAUAUUUUUUGUGAAAUUAUUUAUUAUUUGCAUGAGAUUAUAGGUUUGUCAGUAUAUUUUUGAAUUUAAAAAUAAAGAUGAAUUUAUUUCUAAA